GCGGGAGCAGCAGAGGUCUAGCCGCCGGGCGCCGCGGGCCGGGGGCCUGAGGAGGCCACAGGACGGGCGUCUUCCCGGCGAGUGGAGCCCGGCGCGGGGCCCGCUGCGGCCGCACCGUGAGGGGAGGAGGCCGAGGAGGACGCGGCGCCGGCCGCCGGCGGGAGGAAGCGCUCCACCAGGGCCCCCGACGGCGCUCGUUUAACCACAUCCGCGCCUCCGCUGGAAACGCUUGCUGGCGCCUGUCACCGGUUCCCUCCAUUUUGAAAGGGAAAAAGGCUCUCCCCACCCAUUCCCCUGCCCCUAGGAGCUGGAGCCGGAGGAGCCGCGCUCAUGGCGUUCAGCCCGUGGCAGAUCCUGUCCCCCGUGCAGUGGGCGAAAUGGACGUGGUCUGCGGUACGCGGCGGGGCCACCAGCGAGGACGAGGCUGGCGGGCCCGAGGGCGACCCCGAGGAGGAGGACUCGCAAGCCGAGACCAAAUCCUUGAGUUUCAGGAGUGGCUGUAAGGUGAAGAAGCAUGAAACUCAGUCUCUCGCCCUGGAUGCAUGUUCUCGGGAUGAAGGGGCAGUGAUCUCCCAGAUUUCAGACGUUUCUAAUAGGGAUGGCCAUGCUACUGAUGAGGAGAAACUGGCAUCCACGUCAUGUGGUCAGAAAUCAGCUGGGGCCGAGGUGAAAGGUGAGCCAGAGGAAGACCUGGAGUACUUUGAAUGUUCCAAUGUUCCCGUGUCUACCAUAAAUCAUGCGUUUUCAUCCUCAGAAGCAGGCAUAGAGGAGACGUGCCAGAAGAUGGAAGAAGACGGGUCCACUGUGCUUGGGCUGCUGGAGUCCUCUGCAGAGAAGGCCCCUGUGUCGGUGUCCUGUGGAGGUGAGAGCCCCCUGGAUGGGAUCUGCCUCAGCGAAUCAGACAAGACAGCCGUGCUCACCUUAAUAAGAGAAGAGAUAAUUACUAAAGAGAUUGAAGCAAAUGAAUGGAAGAAGAAAUACGAAGAGACCCGGCAAGAAGUUUUGGAGAUGAGGAAAAUUGUAGCUGAAUAUGAAAAGACUAUUGCUCAAAUGAUUGAAGAUGAACAAAGGACAAGUAUGACCUCUCAGAAGAGCUUCCAGCAACUGACCAUGGAGAAGGAACAGGCCCUGGCUGACCUUAACUCUGUGGAAAGGUCCCUUUCUGAUCUCUUCAGGAGAUACGAGAACCUGAAAGGUGUUCUGGAAGGGUUCAAGAAGAAUGAAGAAGCCUUGAAGAAAUGUGCUCAGGAUUACUUAGCCAGAGUUAAACAAGAGGAGCAGCGAUACCAGGCCCUGAAAAUCCACGCAGAAGAGAAACUGGACAAAGCCAAUGAAGAGAUUGCUCAGGUUCGAACAAAAGCAAAGGCUGAGAGUGCAGCUCUCCAUGCUGGACUCCGGAAAGAGCAGAUGAAGGUGGAGUCCCUGGAAAGGGCCCUGCAGCAGAAGAACCAAGAAACUGAAGAACUGACAAAAAUCUGUGAUGAGCUGAUUGCAAAGCUGGGAAAGACUGACUGAGACACUCCCCCUGUUAGCUCAACAGAUCUGCAUUUGGCUGCUUCUCUUGUGACCACAAUUAUCUUGCCUUAUCCAGGAAUAAUUGCCCCUUUGCAGAGAAAAAAAAAAACUUAAAAAAAGCACAUGCCUACUGCUGCCUGUCCCGCUUUGCUGCCAAUGCAACAGCCCUGGAAGAAACCCUAGAGGGUUGCAUAGUCUAGAAAGGAGUGUGACCUGACAGUGCUGGAGCCUCCUAGUUUCCCCGUAUGAAGGUUCCCUUAGGCUGCUGAGUUUGGGUUUGUGAUUUAUCUUUAGUUUGUUUUAAAGUCAUCUUUACUUUCCCAAAUGUGUUAAAUUUGUAACUCCUCUUUGGGGUCUUCUCCACCACCUGUCUGAUUUUUUUGUGAUCUGUUUAAUCUUUUAAUUUUUUAGUAUCAGUGGUUUUAUUUAAGGAGACAGUUUGGCCUAUUGUUACUUCCAAUUUAUAAUCAAGAAGGGGCUCUGGAUCCCCUUUUAAAUUACACACACUCUCACACACGUACGUGUAUAUUUAUAGAUGCUGCUGCUCUUUUCCCUGAAGCAUAGUCAAGUAAGAACUUCUCUACAGAAGGACAUAUUUCCUUGGAUGUGAGACCCUAUUUUGAAAUAGAGUCCUGACUCAGAACACCAACUUAAGAAUUUGGGGGAUUAAAGAUGUGAAGACCACAGUCUUGGGUUUUCAUAUCUGGAGAAGACUAUUUGCCAUGAUGUUUUGUUGCCCUGGUAUUUGGACACUCCUCAGCUUUAAUGGGUGUGGUCCCUUUAGGGUUAGUCCUCAGACUGAUGGUAGUGUCUGCUUUCUGCAUGAACGGCAAUAUGGGACUCCCUCCAAGCUAGGGUUUGGCAAAUCUGCCCUAGAGUCAUUUACUCUCCUCUGCCUCCAUUUGUUAAUACAGAAUCAACAUUUAGUCUUCAUUAUCUUUUUUUUUUUUGAGACAAAGUUUCGAUCUAUUUUAAGUAUGUGAAGAAAAUCUACUUGUAAAAGGCUCAGAUCUUAAUUAAAAGGUAAUUGUAGCACAUUACCAAAAAAAAAAAAAAAA